GAUGAAGCUCCGCCUCCCAAGCCAGCCGUGGGAAUAUAGCAGUUGCCUCCCCUUUAAAAAAUCAAUGGACUGGCCUAGAUUCCUUUACUGAGUGUGUAAACUACACAUGACCCGGCAUUCUUCAUCAAGCCGGGUGGGGGAAGGCAUCCUUCGAUAACUUUACUACAAAUCGUAAGGGAGAGUCUGUCGAGUCAGUUUACAUGUUCCUACUUUUCCACCGCUACACGUGCUCAAGGAUUGCCAAGCUGCAAAUAUUAUAUUUCUGAUUCAAUGGUGAAGAGAACUCAAACAAUGAUGGAGAAUACUAGCCAGAGAGCUGAAAGCUACUCGGUGGAGACGCCGGUAAUGUUCGCCUCCAAAAUGUGCCCGGGUCUGGAAUCGCUUCACUCGCUCGGGCAGCCGACAUCUGCCACCCUCCCGUCGCCCCAGUCUUGGUCUAAACACAUGCUGCUGCCCAGGGUAACGCCGCAGAACUUGUUUUUCGAAGGCUUCAAAGACUGCGCGUCGGAGGUGAUUCGAUUCCUGACGGAGGUUGAGAUGGUUGAGGACAACAACCCGCUGGUGCUGGGGCUGCAAUCCCACCUGAACAACGUCGGUACGAUUCUGUGCAAGAAAUCAAGGACCAGUUCAGACGACCGGGAGCCCAGCUCCACGAACAACGCCAACGAUGUUUGGCUCGCAAGCCAGCACAACGUCUUCACUCAAGGCUGCGGUUUCUCGUCCUACCACACGGCGUCUGCUGUGUCGCCAGUGACGUCACGCUCAGCCAACAGUUCCGUCUCAGACACUUCCGCUGUGGAUUCCGACAUGACGUUGUCAACCCUAGCAGACAAGUCGUGCCAGUCGACGAGCUCAGAGAAUGACUUAUCUCAGAUCUGCCAUCGCGCCGAGUCCAUAGACUUUGUUAAACACGACGACGUCUUCCAAUCUUUGGAAUCUUCACUGCUGACCUCUGCCACAACUGACCAAUCGUCUUCUGUAAUGAGUUUAAAACAACUGGCCACUCAGGCAUUAAAACAACGUGACAGUUUCACAAACAAUCGUUUCCAGUGUCAAGAAGAACCAGGCACGUGCAGGUUGAUCUCUGAAGACCAUUUGAUACCAGAGGAGCUCCUACAGUAUCUCCAGCCUCUGGGUCAGUCGUCUCCACUUGCUUCAUCCUCACCAGUCAGACUUCAGUCGACCGAGCAGCAAAACGUCCACCCAAGUGUUCCUUCAGCUACCCUGUCAUCCCAUCCAUUUAACCUUUCACCUUGCUCAUCGGCUGGCUUCAAUGCUGUCUCCCCAGACUAUAUCCCAGCCCAGUCAGUUGACCUUCCAUCAGAGCCACGCACGUCUCCUGUAUUUCAGCCCGUGUCUCGCGCUCUAGAGUACCCACAAGUCCCCGCCCCUCCUGCGCCGCAACAAAUCAGCUCCAUCCUCGAGCUGAAGGCCAACUUUUUGCCUGGUAUUGACACGACCUCUGUGGCUUCAGGCAACUUCGCGGACAUUCUCCUCUCUAUCGAGUCUUGCAGGUUCCACGAAGACCCCCGAGUCAGGGCACUAGCAGACGAGCUACUUCACCUCAUCCACGACGAGAUGGAGGACGACGACGACGAUGAUUUGGAGGAUGAUGAAGACGAAGGUGGUGAUAACCAUCGAAAUUAUGAAAGUGGGGUUGAAAUGAUGGACGAAAGUAUAGAAUGGGGGAAUCCCGCUGAUAUGAUCGAACAAUAACCAUUGCUCAUUUCUCACAUAUUGUUUUGUAAACAAAUUUAUGUGAAGUUUGUAGCCUUAAAAACAAGUUAUAUUUGUUUUUUAUAUAUUGCUUUUUAAUUUUUUAAAACAAAACUUGAUGACCUAAUAAAUUUAAUGAACUUAUGUUUUUACAAUUGUUUUAAUGCGGUUAUGCUGUUUGUUACAUGCUAAGAUAUAUUUCUUUAGCAGUACUAAACUUGUUCAUCAUUUUAACACAAACUUCAUUAACUGUUUAUUUGAGACGUGUGUUAUUUAUGUUGAUUCGUGUUUUUUAGAAAGUUGAAAAGUGCCUUAUAUACUUCAAGUGAUUUUCACCUUUUAUUUCUUUGCUCGGUUUUUGUUUUCUAGAUUUAAUGUGUGUGGUGUUUUAUCUAAAAUGUUAAAAUU